AUGCAACAAAAAUGGGAUAAACAAACACUUGAGCUGUCGGAGGUCGAGCUGAGGUUCGACGUCUUCUUCUUUCCUGUCCCGCCAUCCCUUGGUCAGUUUGGGUCGAGGUCGCCAGUUUGUGUAGGGGAAGGAGUGGGCAAGGUCCUGCAGAGUAGUGGUGUUUUGGCGGGGAUGUCAAGCUGGGAUGAGGGCUUUAUUCUAGUAUUUCUAGUUGUUCCCAAACACAACGGUAUUAUAGUCAUUUCAGACAGUAAGAAGGGCAGAACUGGACAUGCUCAGUCAACCAGGGCCCCGUCCGAACCUAAUGUUUGCCACCUGGAGGGAAUAAGACGCUACUCCGGGCCUGAGGCUCGGGAAGCCCGAACUAUUUUCCCGCUUCAUCCCUCGCUCUUUUUACUUAGCCGACUGCAAAAUUCGUAUGAUAUGCCCAUUAAUGCUACCUACAUUUAUGCCUCUGAUAUUUUUGCAGUGAAGUUGAGAUUGGAGCUCUUUACGGCCAAUGUUAUGGCUUGGAUUGUCGAUGGCCGAGGAAUAGCGAAAAAGGUGAAAAGUGCUGGCUUGCCCUAUCAAAUAAACGAUUGUGGAGCUAAUCGGCAAUGCCCCAACUGCCAGCAUGUCAUUGACAAUAGUGAUGUUUGUGUUGAUUGGCCUGGUCUUCCUGCUGGGGUAAAAUUUGACCCAUCUGAUGUUGAGCUGUUAGAACAUUUGGCCGCGAAACGUGGGGUUGGGGGUGCAAAACCCCACGUGUUAAUUGAUGAAUUUAUCCCUACACUUGAAGGUGAAGAGGGCAUUUGUUACACUCAUCCAGAGAAUCUUCCCGGAGCGAAGAAAGACGGGACUAGCGUCCACUUCUUUUACAGAAUCAUCAACGCAUACUCUAUCGGUCAGCGCAAGCGCAGAAGAAUACAUGACCAAGACAACAUAAUAAAUUCUCAUGUUCGUUGGCACAAAACCGGAAUAACCAAACCCGUGACUGACAACGGUAUUCAAAAGGGUUUUAAAAAAAUAAUGGUCUUGUAUGCGACGUCUAAGAGGAGAUCGAAGCCCAGUAGGUGUCAUUGGGUUAUGCAUCAGUUUCAUCUUGGAACUCACAAGGACGAGACUGAAGGGGAGCUUGUGGUCUCGAAAAUAUUUUACCAGCCGCAGAAGGAGAAUGACAAAAACGAGACGUGCUCUGUGACUGAAGAAUGUGAUGUAGCCACUGGUCAAGUGAUCCCAAAAACUCCAAUGACAAAUACUCCCCACCCUCCUCGACCAGAAAAUACUCCUCCUUCUGACUAUGUCUCGAGUGAUUAUUUCGUGCAGCCGUUUGUCCAGGACAAGGAAUAUCCCAAGGAGCCUCUUAAUCAUCUUUUGCCUGAUUCUCAAACUGGAAAUGAAAUGGGUUAUGCCACCUGUUUGGAUGGAAACUCUGAAGUGGUCGAUCUUAGGCGAGCUGACUCCCUUUUGUGUGACGAGAUAAUUGAUUCAUAUAUGACUUGGGGUGAUCUGAAACCAAAUAUCUCCUCCUUGACUCAAUCCAGUGUCAAUGUAAGUGGUUCAUCACAUCAGAAAUAUGGAAAUGUUUCCUGUGAUGUUAGUGAUCUCGACAACUUGUUGCUCGAUACUCCACCAGAUUUUCAGCUUAGUGAUUUGCAGUUUCCAUCUCAGGAUAGCGUGUUUGAUUUGUUGGACCGGUUAUAAACGAUGACAAGCACCCAAUUUUCCACCCUCAUGAGAGUGCUUAAAUUAAAGAAAAAAAAAAGCAAUGAGAAAACAAAUGAAUUAAACAUUUACCAGGAUUGAUAGCAUCAUCAACAAAACUUGAAAGCUGUUUCUUAAGUUGAAAUUUGGUAAUUCAGAUGUCAAAGUUAAUAUUUUUGUGGCUUGGCCUUGUUGAUUUGUCUCUGCUAUCGAGAUUUUCAAAUGCUUAUAUGUAUGUUUUCCGCUGUUA